AUGCACUUUCUCUGCUUCCAUGGUAGGGGCACCAACAACCAGAUCAUGGAGUCUCAAAUCGCCGCCCUACGACACGAGCUCGAUGCCAUACACACUUAUGAUUUCGUCGAGGGAACCAUUCAAGCCCCCCUAGCUCCCGAACUGGAGGCCUUCUUUCCCGCAAAGGGAGGCUACUUUGAUUACUUUUCGUUCGACUCGGCCGCAAGCGUGGAAAAGGCAGUGGACGACCUUUCGACCUUUCUGGAGACAGACGGUCCUUACGACGGCGUGAUCGCAUUUUCCUUAGGAGCCGCCCUGGCGGCCACCUAUCUUAUCCGGGAGGCGAUGCGCCACCCAGGAAAGCCUCUCCCUGUCAAAUGUGCCAUCUUCCUGUCCGGCGGAGCACCGUUGGACCCAGAAGCCUUGGAGCGGGGCGAGGUACGUUUGUUGAACGCUGCUGUCGCGGGAAAUCAGUUGCUGCGAGGCCUGCCUACCGCCCACAUUUGGGGCCGAAAUGACGACCUAUGGGGAGAUCGAAGCGAGACGCUGUAUGCGCUAUGCGACCCGGGUGAGCGAACCAUGGUGCUGCACGACGAGGGUCAUGCCAUUCCCGGAGCAAGGGCCAAGGAGGUUCUGCUGCAGACUGUCAAGGCAAUUCGGAGGACGGUUGGGAGGGCAGGGAUGGCAGGCUAG